ACUCGUAGAAUGAAAGGUUACAAAAUACCAUUUCUGACAGAAGUUAUGGUAUUUACACUGCCUUUUACUGUUAUUUCAGAUGAAAACACCAAAACAGCAGAGUUCAAUGCGAAACGUGGCGAAACUAGACGUAGAAGCAUACCACAUAGUCGCACAAUACGCUACCAGUGACAAAGUGACGGUAGUUCCAUAUAAUCGAGUGAGAUACUCGUUGAAUGUGACUAGGGAAUGGCGCGUAAAGCAACUUGGCAGAAUAAACACAAAGAUAAUGCAGGAACAAAACAAAUUCGAACAAGUGUCUAUACCAAAGAGCACUCUCUGGCGACUACUAGAUCCGUCCGUUAUGAGCAUGGCACUAGAUAACAGCAUAAUUGAGGACAUAAGACUUACUGAUAACGGAAUUAUUUUAUGUGGCAAGAUGAGAGGAAUCAACACUAAUAACUUCACGUGUGAUAGUGGAAGUAAUAUGAAAUUAGUUUAUGACUCUAAUGAAGAUGAAUACAAAAACUUUCUUUUGAGAGUAUUUUCGGCUGAUCAGAACAGAAUAAACUAAUUUUUGUUCCU